CGUGCUCUUGCUCCCGCCGCCCCGCAGCCUCACGCUCGGCUCCAGCGGCCAAGGGCGGGAGAAAGUCCUGCUGGUAGGCGGCCGCGGGGCUGAGGGCGUCCGGCAUCCUGGGGCCGCUCCGGCCCGGGCGGCGAGAGUGCCCGGCAGUCCAUGCAUCCGCCGCCGCCCGCCACCGCGAUGGAUUUCAGUCAGAACAGCCUGUUCGGUUACAUGGAGGACCUGCAGGAGCUCACCAUCAUCGAGAGGCCGGUCCGCCGGAGCCUCAAGACACCAGAAGAAAUAGAAAGAUUGACAGUCGAUGAAGACCUCAGUGAUAUUGAAAGGGCUGUUUAUCUGCUCAGUGCUGGUCAGGAUGUCCAAGGAACAAGUGUGAUUGCAAAUCUCCCAUUUUUGAUGCGACAGAAUCCCACUGAGACGCUUCGGAGAGUGUUGCCAAAAGUCAGAGAAGCCCUGCAUGUUGCAGGAGUGGAAAUGCAGUUAACGGCUGCAGUGUCAUUUCUGACCAUUCUGCAGGACGAAUCAGUGUCAAUUCAUGCAUAUACCCACUCAUUCCUCCAAGUCAUUCUCCUGCAUCUGGAGCACAGGGACACAGGUGUCAGCAAUGCAUGGCUGGAAACUCUUCUGUCUGUUAUAGAAGUAUUGCCAAAAGAAACCCUACGGCAUGAGAUUUUGAAUCCACUUGUUUCCAAGGCACAACUUUCCCAAACAGUCCAGUCUCGUUUAGUUAGUUGUAAAAUUUUAGGAAAAUUGACCAACAAAUUUGAUGCCCACACCAUUAAGCGAGAAAUACUUCCUCUGGUAAAAUCACUCUGUCAAGAUGUAGAAUAUGAAGUUCGAUCUUGUAUGUGUAGGCAAUUAGAAAAUAUAGCCCAGGGCAUUGGGACAGAACUUACAAAAAAUGUGGUGCUCCCUGAAUUAAUAGAGCUUUCUAGGGAUGAAGGCAGCAGUGUACGACUUGCAGCUUUUGAAACUUUGGUUAAUCUGCUUGAUAUAUUUGAUACAGAUGACAGAAGUCAAACUAUACUUCCCUUAGUGAAAUCAUUUUGUGAAAAAUCUUUCAAAGCAGAUGAAUCAAUUCUUAUUUCUUUAUCUUUCCAUCUAGGAAAACUAUGUCAUGGACUAUAUGGAAUUUUCACUCCGGAUCAGCACUUGAGAUUUUUGGAAUUUUAUAAGAAACUUUGUACAUUGGGUUUGCAACAAGAAAAUGGACACAAUGAAAACCAGAUUCCACCCCAAAUCCUAGAGCAAGAGAAGAAAUAUAUUUCAGUACGGAAGAACUGUGCUUAUAAUUUUCCGGCCAUGAUUGUUUUUGUUGAUCCUAAAAACUUCCACAUGGAACUCUAUUCUACAUUCUUCUGCCUUUGCCAUGACCCGGAAGUACCAGUCAGAUACACUAUUGCUAUUUGCUUUUAUGAAGUGUCUAAGCUUCUGAAUUCUGGAGUAUAUUUAAUACAUAAAGAACUAAUAACAUUAUUACAAGAUGAAUCACUUGAGGUACUAGAUGCUCUUAUAGAUCAUCUUCCAGAAAUCUUGGAACUUAUGUCUACUGGUGGAGAAAGCAGUGUGCAAGAAAAUAAGUUAUCUUCUCUGCCUGACUUGAUUCCAGCACUCACAGCUGCUGAACAGCGAGCUGCAGCCUCUUUAAAAUGGAGAACUCACGAGAAGCUACUUCAGAAAUAUGCCUGCCUGCCACAUGUCAUAUCAAGUGAUCAGAUUUAUUACCGUUUCUUACAAAGAAUGUUCACAAUCAUGAUGACAAAUAAUGUUUUACCUGUCCAAAAGGCGGCUUCACGAACUCUAUGCAUUUUUCUGCGUUAUAAUCGUAAACAAGAACAGAGACAUGAGGUCAUUCAAAAAUUAAUUGAACAAUUGGGACAAGGAAAAAGUUACUGGAAUAGACUUCGAUUUUUGGAUACCUGUGAAUUUAUUAUAGAGAUAUUUUCAAAAUCGUUUUUCUGUAAAUAUUUCUUUCUACCUGCUAUUGAACUGACACAUGAUCCAGUAGCAAAUGUGAGAAUGAAACUUUGCUACCUGUUGCCCAAAGUGAAAUCUGCUCUGAAGAUUCCUGCUGAUAAGCAUCUACUUCAGCAGUUAGAAAUGUGUGUGAGAAAACUCCUGUGUCAAGAAAAAGAUAAAGAUGUUCUGGCUGUUGUAAAAAGAACUGUAUUAGAGUUGGACAGAAUGGAAAUGUCUAUGGAUGCUUUUCAGAAAAAGUUUUAUGAGAAAGAUUUGUUGGAUCAAGAGAAAGAAAGAGAAGAACUACUUCUUUUGGAAAUGGAACAAUUAGAGAAAGAAAAGCAACAGAAUGAUGGAAGGCCCAUGAGUGAUAAAAUGUUUGAAAAGAAACGUAGAGACACUAAGACACCAACGCAAAGUCUGCCCAAGAACAUCCCCAUUUCUGUUCCUGGACCCUCUUCUGUCACCCCAUCGACAAGUAAAGAAAUCAAGAAAUCCAAAUUGAUUCGAAGCCAGUCUUUUAAUAAUCAAGCUUUUCAUGCAAAAUAUGGCAACUUAGAAAAAUGUGCUAGUAAAAGUUCUACAACAGGAUAUACAACUUCUGUCUCAGGGUUAGGAAAGACUUCUGUGCUUUCACUAACUGAUGAUUCAUUCCGGACUCGUAAUGCCAGUAGCGUUCCAUCUUCCUUUUCUCCUAAUACUCCCUUACCGAGUACUUCCCGUGGGACAGGUAACUCAGUUGAUCCCAAGAGCAGUGGAAGUAAAGAUACACAACCACGGAAGGCUACCUUAAAAUCCAGAAAAUCCAAUCCUUAAAUCAACUGCUUGAUGAAGGAGGCAAAACAAAGGCAGCAGGAGAUAAUGUGAUUGGUACACAAAAGCUAAAGCAAUGGCUGGGGCUUUGUUUUUAAAUUUUGGGUUCUUUUUUGUUGUUGUUAAAAGAGAGACAUAAUGUUGUUGAAAGAGAGACAUAAUGACAGCUGAUGUUAAACUUUUCAUAUUUCAAAUUAGAUUCCCUAGGAGGUAUAAUAUAUAUUUCUUGAGUAAUAAUGUGGUUACAGAAUUCCAAUGUUAUAGUGAAGUGUAAUGAAAAACAUCUCUAGGAAUGUACUUUAACCACUGCUGCAAAAGAGACAAGUCUGCAUUUAUUUGUGCAGGAAACCAGCUAUUUAGUUGUUCUAGAGUUUUAGCAUUUAAAAAUCGUAUGAAAGUCUACAUCAGCUGAAUUGUCCUAGCUUGAUAAUCACUUGGAGGGGGACUUGGAAGGUAAGAAAGGUACUGCAUUUUCUCAUGACUCUCCAAGCCCACUUGAAAAGUCACACUGAAAGGAUGCAAAUAGCCGUCUGCGAUUUUGGCAGCCCUCCGGAUUGUGGUGACAAUAUGUUGUACCCGGAUAUUCCCAAAUUUAAAUUUGGCAUUGAAAAUUCCACAAAGAUUUCUGGUAACUUUGAGCUAUAAAUACCUUAAAAAUAAUAGAUUGCUGAUUUUCUUUAUUUCCUAGAGAAUUUAUUUUAUAAAUACUUUGUUUACAUUUUAGAUUGUACUUGUCCUUAUUUAAUUUAAAAUGAUGAAUCUAGUCUGAAUCAGCUGUUAUUCCAAGCUAUCAUGCUUAAGCUAUGUCAACAGCAUUUAUUUGUACUAAUGCUAAUAUUUCCAUCAAAAUUUGCCUGUGGAAUAUAUACAGUUCUUAAUUUUAAACUGUCAGUUCUUGAGAUAUACUGUAUGAAGCUAUUGUCAGCUUCUCUAUUUCAAAAUGCAAUCAGCAUAUAACUAUAUUGGUAUUAGAAGAUAUUUGUUUUUUAAAAUAUAUUGAUGUAUGAUAAAGAUGAUCUAAUUUGUGAAUGCA